CUCUCAGAGGUGCCCAGGGAUGGUGUGUAAAUUUCCCAGGUUACUGGGUGGAGGCUCGAGCUGGUUCUCUGUUGUAUAAAUGGAAAAGGACCCCUAGAUUUUGAACCCGGCCCUAGUUGCUGCUGGCGCCACCUGGCAGAAGGGUUACAUAAGCUAUUAGAGGAGAUACCUCAUUCACAGGGACAGGACUGCAAACAAGCUGUGUUUUGAGUGAAGGUUUGCUGUUUUUAGUUUCCUGCCCACUCAUCUGUAAUUUCCCCCCUUCAAAUAAUUUUGUUUACAGAUAUUGUAUAAAGCUAUUGCACAGGGGCCAAUCUGUGCUGAGCUGUAAUCCUGGCUUUCUCUGUAGCCACAGGUAAUACACAGCCUUUCUACCUAGAGACUUCUAUAGGCCCCAUCACAGACAUGAAUACAUUUAGCCUCACAAAUCCUGAGGAGCAUUAUUAGCCUCACUUUACAGAGGAGGAACUGAAGCAAAAAGAAGAUGAGUGACAUGCCCAACAUCACACAGGAAAUCUGUGUCCCAGGGCCAAGAAGUGAACCCAGGGGUUUCUUAAGUUCCACUCUAGUGCCUUACCCACAAGACCAUCCUUAUCUUCUCUGUGCCUUGCUUUCCCCAUUGCUUAAGUUAUUCUUCAUAAUUGAUAUUACUUAGCACUUAGAAACCCCAAACAUACAUAUAGUAAGAAACAGCCCUAGCCCCCAAAAACAUACAAUCUAAAUAGACAGAAGAGACAAAUGGAGUGGGGGAUAAAACAGACACAGAAGUGAGCCAGGAAUAGAACCCAGUUCUUGAACAGCGAUACCGGCUUACUUCACAAGAGUGCUGUAAGAUAACAACAUAAAGUACAGGGUCUCUGUGUGUAUAUAAUGUCUUCUGCAGUUUCCACGAUAUGCUAUGCAUCCGAUGAAGUGAGCUGUAGCUCACGAAAGCUCAUGCUCAAAUAAACUGGUUAGUCUCUAAGGUGCCACAAGUACUCCUUUUCUUUUUACGAAUACAGACUAACACGGCUGUUACUCUGAAACAUAAAGUACGUGAAAUAUGUUAGUUCUAAUAAUACUUCAUUGCCCCUCAGAACAUAGUAAACUUUGGAAGGUCUCACAGUCCAGGGCCUACCUGCGAGGCAUGUUGUGUGCAGGGUGCUGUGGACAUUACUUUGUUUAUAUUUCUAAACCAUGUGUUUUAGAAGAUGAAAAAGUGAUAUACACAUGCUUGAUGUGUUGUUGUUAUAACCCUGGGUUGUGUUCCUUCCUGAUUCUUCUAGACACUCAUUUGAAUCUCAAGCUCCCCAAGGAAUAGCCCUUAGAGGGAAACAAAGAAACAGUCACACGCUCCAGCACAGGAGAUAGAUCAGCCCUUCAGCCAGUGAUAUUUUGCCCUUUGUUCCACAAACAGUAAAGCACUUACUUUAGCACUGGGAUUGUUUGACUGGAACCAUACCCCAGCAACCAGGUUCCCAUGAAUACAAAAUGACUGCAUCAAAACAAGAAGGUGGCAGCGUUUUGCAACUUUAAAAGAAGUAGCCCUGUGUGGGCUUAGAAUAGUGAAAGUAUUUAAAGUCCUUAAGAGAUGGGUUUACAAAAAUGCAGAGGCUGUUUGAGUUGUCUGUUGAUACCUCUUGCACUUUGGAGUAUUGUUGUUAAUAUCCUGUUAUACUUCCCUAAUGGGAAAACUUCAUACGCCACCAGUAACCAGCUCACCAACUACGUGUGGUAUUUUGAAGGAAUAUGUUUCUCUGGUGUGAUGAUGCUUCUGUUAGCAGCACUUCUAAUAACACUGGAGCGUGACACGUUCUAUCAAUGCUGCCAGAGCGAGAGCUGUAACAAAACAUACAGGAGUUUCAUUUCAGUUGUGUUAGCCCUGCUUGGAAUUGCUUUUUCGGGAUAUAAUGUCAUCAUCUCUACUUUGGGCUUACUGCAAGGCCCAUUCUGCAAUACUCCAGCUGGCUGGGGUUAUAUCUUCAAAGACACUGCAGGGGGUUACCUCAUUGCGUACAGUUCCUGGUCUCAGUGCACUGAACCUGCGCACGUAGUGGAGUGGAACAUCAUUUUAUUCUCUAUUCUCAUAGCCCUUAGUGGACUUCAAGUGAUCAUCUGCUUUCUUAAAGUGAUGGCCGAAUUAAAACAGAUACUCUGUGGGACUUACUCUGUCUUUAUACAGCCGGGGAUUAUCUGAAUGUAGCAGAGAACGCUUCAUUGCCAGCCAGGCUUCGCUCCUCCAGUGUUUACUGUUCUACAUAGCAGAUCUGUGGGUGCCAUUAAAACUAAUUUUCCACGGAUUUCUUUUUCACACCCACUUCUCUCAUGAAAUGUACUUUUAGAUUAACUUAAAUGGUUUUUGAUAGCUAAAAUAUAAGCUCUCCCAUGUUUUCUUAAAUACGAGAUCCAUUUCUUAACCACAGCUAAUCCUGAAUGACAAUGAUAACGGUGUCUCUUUUGCUUUGCCAUCCACUUUGUGUUGUUUGAGUGCUAUGAAACUGCCUUCACACAGAAAUCUCUAGUUUCAAUAAAGAAAGUGCUGUAAAGCUGCCAUGCUUUCAUAGA